AUGGUUCUACGUCAUUACUAUACCUCCAUCGGGUCCGCUAGCAGCAACAGCUGAGCCCGCACCGAAGAGGCGAAGGACGACUUCUGGACGCCCGAGUUCGGCAGCCUCUUCGGUAUCGAGCUCGGGAGAAGGAGGGAGCCACAAAGGUUCGAUAAG